ACCCAUUUUCUGUAGUGCCGUCAUAGAUAGUGAGAUAUAUCGUUCAUCGGUCAUAGAGAGAGGGGGACUAGAGAAAGUGACCCUACCAACAUACAGCGAUGCAGACAGGAAACACAUGGUGUAACGGGUAAACACGCGGAAACAGAGAGAGAGGGGUCAUGUACUGGCUCAACGUUGUAAACGGUCAGCUGUGCCCCGACCGCUUCACCAGGCAGUACGCAAGAAGACAAGACCCCCAUUCCCUCAUCUUUGAAGCCAUACUCUAUGGAAACAAGAGCGAAGUCCAACAGUUGAUAUCCGCCGGGGUGGACAAAAAUGUUGUCACACAUCGACACGUACGCUGGGAGGGCGCGAGUGCGCUUGGCGCAGCAGCUUACGAGGGUCAAAUGGAAAUAGUUAGAUAUCUAGUAGACAUCGGAACAUCAGUGAAUUUCUGUGACCCCUGCCAAAAACGGACGCCGCUACACUGGGCGUGUCUUGGCAACCAGUAUCAGGCGGCCGCUUAUCUCGUCACGCGCGGUGCUGACGUCAAUCACAGAGACUUGGAGCAGACGACACCACUUCUUCGCGCUGUUUUAGGAAAGAACGUUGAUUUGGUGAGAUAUUUGAUUGAGAAUGGCGCCGAUGUCCGUCACACGGACGUAUUGGGCUGUUCUAUCCUCCACUACGCCUGCAUUCACGCCGACAACACCCUGAUCAGCGCCGCCAUCAAAGCAGGCUGCAUCUCCAACAAUAUAGCCUUGAUUGGAAAAGGCACGCCGCUACAGACACUAGCUACACAAAACGACACGGGAAGUGUUCGUCUGUUGCUGGAGGCAGGGUAUGACCUCCAGAAUGACCGUCCCUGGGUGAAGUCACUCCCUCUCGUGUUCAAACCCGUCAUUGCAAUGUGUGGUAAAAUUCAACAGUCAACCAAUGAGUUUAAAAAUACUAUGCAGAAAAACUAUAAGGAAAGCAAUGGGAGGAGUAAAACUGGAACAGAGAUUGAACAAAAUUCCAUGCCCAAACUUGAUUCACCAUUACCUUACGCUUGAUGGUCUUUGAUUUGACCAGUUUUUGUUUCAAAGUUCCUUGUUUUCCAUGCUUGUUUUGAACCUUUUUAUGAGUAAAAAAUUUAAAGAAAACAAAA